GCGAGUAACGGCAUAUGAGCGCUCGCAGAGAAAUCGCUAAUCACGAACGGCGGACGACAAAAACCCAAGAAGAACAGGCAGAGAAGAAAAAAAGAAUAGCAUGGAAUAUCAAUAUAUAUUGCCAAAAGCAGCAGUUAAAUAAUUAUUAAAGUGCCAGACCGCUAAAAAGAGUGCUAAGUUUUUUUUUUUGACAAGUUAUUUUCAAGUGAAAAGCCGUGGAAAACUGUGUGUCUAUCAGUCUAAACUAGAAUAAAAACAAAAGAAAACAUAGUUCGGAAAGUAAACAUUCCCAUCGAAAUACAUGAAAAAACAUACAAAAAACGAAAUAAAAUAAUACAAAAAAAGGGGGAAAAAAAUCCUCGUGGUAGCGUUGCCACCCGGUGAAAAAGAAGGGAGCUUCACGCCAGCGAGUGGCUUUCGGCGAACGGGAUUUUUUUUUUACUGCCAUUUCGCGUUUCUCCACCGUCUCAGUAGCAGUCGCCGUCAGCGUAGGCGUCGACAGCGACAGCAGCAGUGGCGGCGCUGCUUGUAGAUAUUCCGUUUUUUCUUUACCCCGCUAACGGAUCGUUUUAUAUUUCCCGAAAAACAACAUCAAAUAUCUAUCGGAAAAAAACAGAGAAACCUGCUGUAUAAAACCGACGAACAACAUCUAUAGAAAAGCAAUGCAACAACAACAACAACAAGCACAGCAUCAACAGCAACAAAAAGUGUAGUGGGUCGCACGCGCGACUUGUGUGUGUGAAUAAUGAAGAAGAAGCAGAAACAACAACAGCAGCAGCAGCAGAGGCAGAGCAAGGCGCCAUCUGAAGCGGAAUCGGAGACAGAUCGCCCCGGCAGCAACAACAACAACCAUUCGCCAGUAACAACAACAACAACAGCAACAUCCAAACGGCGACAAGCGGUCAACAGCAGCAACAGCAAACGCUGCAGUCGCAGUCGCAGCAGCAGCAGCAGCUGCAGUAGCAGCAGCAGCAGCAGCAACGCUAGCGUCGGCAGCGACGCCAGCAGCAUGUCCAAAACAAGCAGCGGGAAUCCGAGUGCAGCAGCAACACAAGCAGCAGCAGCAGCCGCUGCAGCAGCAGCAGCAGCAAGUGCAACAAAUGCCGCCAAUGCCGCCGAUUUCAGUGCGUUCGACUUUAACGAUAGUUCCGAUAAUUCCGACACGCCCCUGGUGCCACGCCCACCCUUCCUGAGUCGCGCCGCUGCAGCGGCCGCAGCAGCAGCGGCAGCGGCAGCCCUUAGCAUUAGCAACAACAGCAACAAUUCGGCGGGUUCAGCGGGACAAAUGCCGCACAGCACUAGCAGCAGCAAUAACAACAUUAGCAGCAGCACCAACAACAACAAUGGGGCAAAUGCCGCCAACAGCAACGCCAACAACAACAGCAACAACUAUGGCCGCAGCAGCAGUCGCAGCAGCAACAGCUCACAAAGCAGCCUGGACGAAGAGGAGGAUGACGAGGAGGACGAAGAGGAUGAGGAGGAGCACGAGGUGUCGCAGCAGCAACAGCAGCAACAACAACAGCAGCAGCAGCAACAGCAACAGCAGCAACUAGCGGCAGAGCAGCAGCAGCGGGCAGCAGCAGCGGCGGCCGUAGUGGCAGCGGCGGUCAGUGCGCUGCACAAUGGCAACAAGCAGCAGCACUACAAUAACAAUAAUAACAACAAUAACGGCAACAGCAAGUCUCGAGAUCGCGACGAUCACCUGCAGGCACAACAACAAUCGCAAGAUGAUGAGGAUGAGGAGGACGACUAUGAUGAGGAUGAGGAAGAUGAGGAGGAGGAGCAGCAGCAUCGUCACCAGCAACAGCAGCAGCAGCAGCAACAGGGUAAUGGGCAUGACCUUACGCCCACGGACCUGCGGCAUGUGCUGCCGCCUAGCAAUCACGAUCAGCAACAGCAACACGCACAACAGCAGCAGCAACAUCAGCAACAUCAGCAACAGCAGCAACAGGAGUCGACUGUCUAUGAUGACGAGGGCGAGGAUGAAGAAGAGGAUGACGAAGAUGAAGACGAGGUGGCCAGCAGUCACCUAGACAGUCGCGCCACCCUAUCCUCCGCUCACCUGAACAGUGCUGCUGCCGCCGAGAGCAGCGGUCUGCAUAUGAGCGCCGUAGCAGCGGCGGCAGCUGCAGCGGCUGCUGCGGCAGCAGCCGCCUCAGCGGCCAAACUCAAUGCCCAGCUAGAGCAGCAGAAUGCCAAUGCCUUGGACAUGGCUAGUGGCAGUAAUGCCACGCCCAUUGCACAGCCACCGCCCAGUAGUUUAUUGGGCGGCAACAGCAACACCAGCUUCUCUACCAAUAACAACAGCAACCAUGCCCUAAGCUCCACGCACGGUAGCUUGGGGGCGGGUGGUCAGGGAACAAAUUGUAGUAAUGAUCUGUUGGCCGCCGGUGGCGGUAAUUCCCGAGGCGGUUCGUCUCUGAGCCUGGGCAUGAACCCCUCCAGUGCCGCUAUGCAGCAACAGCAACAGCAGCAGCAGCAACAACAGCAGCAACAUGGCAGUGGGGGAAGUGGCGGGAGCAGUGCGGCCAGCGAAAGGCGAAAGUACCGCCAUCAGAACUACAGUAAGAACAUCUACAUUGGCACUAAGAACGCCGAGAAAUGGGAGCACAUGCGCACCCGGCUGCAGUUCAAAAACGACGUGGAGUUCGUUGCCUACCUUUUGAACUUGGCGGAUAACGACACGGAUCGGCUGAAUAACCUGCCACCGCCCUCUCCUGCGCACACGCCCACCAAAGGAUUCGAUGGCAACUUCAAGCUGGAACCGAAUCUCAGCGCCAAGGACUUUGCCGCACCUCCCGAAUCCUCGAUCAAUGGCAAUGGCAGCGGAAAUGGCAAUACGAGCGGAAACGGAAAUGGCGACUCUGCCUCGGGCGCCUCAAUGCCGAUGGUCACGCCCACACCGCCGCAGCGCAAGCGCUACAAAAAGCGAGUGCAAUUCACCUCAGAGGCGUUGAAUGGAUUUGCAGGCAAGGGCAAGGGAUCGGCGGGAGGAGCAGCCUCAGCAGGAGCUGGUUUCACCUACGCGAAAUCCAAGAAACAAGAGGCCAAGGCGGCAACGGCAGCCCUUAAGGCCGGAGCAGCAGCAGCAGCGGCAGCUGCGGCGGCCGCAUCAUCUGCUUUGCCCGAGGUUCUUGACUGUCGCAUCGCCGAGAAGAUUAAAAGCGAACUGGAGGCCAAUAGCAAGGAGUCCCUGCCAAAUGCCUUGUGCCUCAAGAAAGCAGCUGCAGCAGCGGCGGCUGCGGCGGCAGCUGCAGCAGCAGCAGCCGUUAACGGCAGCGAGGAGGAGGACGAAGAUGAGGAUCAGCCGCCGCAUCCUCAUCUUCUGCCAGUUCUCCCACCAUCAGAUGCCGUCGAUGGGAUUACCACCAGCAAUGGCCAAGCGGGCAACUUCCAUGUGCGCUCCAAGUCACAGGGCUCCAAGAAAUCUCAGGCGGCCAAAGCGGCGGCGGCGGCAGCGGCAGCAGCAGCAGCGGCAGCGGCGGCCAUGAUGCCGCCUAACUCCUACGACGAGCACGACGACGAACCUGGAUCAGGGAUGCCCGGUAAUGAAGAAGAUGAUGAAGAAGACGAGGAAUUGGACGAGGAGGCUCUGGCCCGCGAAAUGAAGAUGGAGCAGAACUUCGUGGAAGAGGAGGACGAGCACGACAUAGCCUUCCGGUCGCACCAGUCCUGCCGCGAAUGUUCCAUUGCCCACGAUCACAAGCUGUGCCCGCUGAGGAAUGCCUGCGGGAAUGUGACGGAUGCCGUGGAUCUGGGCGAGUGGAUAGAGCGCCGCAAUCUAGAGGCACUGGCCAAGCUGAAGGCCGAUGCCCAACGGCAAGCAAAGCGGGCCAGCGGUCGUCAACGGCAUGAAGACGACGACAUGGAGGAUAUGGAGGACAUGGAUAUGGACAUGGAUGAGUCCUCACAGCUAUCGGAACUCGAAACUAAGCCACUAAUAACCUUCGCUGAGGCCUCUGUUCCCGCGGAAUUCGAGCUGCACAACGUGGAACCGAAUGUGACCGGUGUGUUUGCCCGCACCGAGGUGAGAGCCUUUACCAAGCUCGGUCCGCUCAUUGGCCAGCCAGUGCAGACGGGCGAGGUGCGCGAGGGCAGCGACAUGAAAUGGAUCUUCGAGAUGUGCGAGGCCGGGGCGGACAAAUCGUAUUUGCUCUGCUGCGACAAUCCCAAUGCCUCCAACUGGCUAAGAUUCGUUCGACCGGCUCCUAGCUACGAGGAUCGCAAUGUCAACUUGGUGUCUAUCGAUCGGCAGGCGUACUUCGUCAGCUGUCGCGACUUGCGUAAUGGAAUGGAGCUGCUCUACUGGAGCGAUGACUGCAACACCAUGUGGCGCAAAAAGCACACCGAAAAGACGAACUGCGGCGGCUGCAACUUGAAGUUCGAGCACCCCCUGUACUACCGCACCCACUGCUCCGUCUUCCACGAUCCCUCGAUGAGCCUGACCAUUCGCAAGUAUCACUGCAAGGUUUGUGGCGAACCAGUGCUGGGCAAGGAUAACAUCAUGAAGCAUGCGGCAGAGAAGCACGACGGCAAGGGUGCAUACCAGUGCCAAUUCUGCAGCAAAUUCUUCCUGAGGCUCAACUACCUGGAGAUGCAUCGCACCUAUGGCUGUGCUUCGAAUCCAAAUCGAUCGCGACCCGUUUGCGAUUUUUGCGGACGGAAAUUCUGCCAGCCGCAGAAGCUGAAAGCGCAUAUAAAGCGCAUGCACAGCGGAUCGCGAGCGGCACUGCAGCGCCACUCGAAGGAGGUGCACAGCCGCAACUCAACGGUGGUGAGCUGUCCGCGGUGCCAGAAACUCUUCCAGAACCGCAGCAAUCUCAAGAUCCAUAUGCUGACCCAUUCGGGCGUCAGGCCUUUCAAAUGUGCCGAGCCGGAGUGCAAUGCAGCCUUCACCACCAAGCAGUGCCUGCAGUUCCAUUACAAGAAGGUGCACAACUAUACCCAGGAGCAGAUGCCGAAGAUCGAGAGGAGCGUGGCCUACACUUUCGAUGCCUACUCGGGCGGCAUGAAGGUGGACUUUUUGGGUAAGCAGACGGCGACGGCUCCGCCGGCUACAGCGGCACCGGCGCAGGCCCAGCCACGCCCUAAUGCGGCCGUCGUCUCCCCCUCCUCGUUCACAGAGCAAGCACCGCGUCGACGGCGCAAGAGCCUCGAAGACCAGAGCUCCAUGCUCAGCGGAUCGCUGCAGAGCGACGCCGAGUUCAGCGAUGACAACCUGUUCGAGGCGAUCAAGAAGAGCGGCAAGUCCAUCAAGGACCUCUGUCGCAACGAACCGAAUCUCUCGCUGCUCAGCUCCAAGAUCUCCAGCAUCUUUGGUGACAAGGUGCCGUCUGCCUCAGCUUCCCUUUCCGCUUCCGUUUCGGCUGCCGCCUCCUCGGGCGGUCGCAAACGGAAGCGCAAGAAGGAGCCCAGUGCGGCGGCCCAACAGCAGCAUCAUCAUCAUCAACAGCAGCAGCAACACCAACAGCAGCAGCAACACCAGCAACAUCAGCAGCAGCACGCCCAGCAGCUGCAACACCAACAGCUGCAGCAGCAACACGCCCAGCAGCAACAUCAGCAGCAGCAUCAUCAUCACCAGCAACACCAGCAGCUGCAUCAUGAUCCCCAGCAACAGCAUCCGCAGUACCAUCCCCACCAGCUGCAUCCCCAUUCUCUGCCCCACCAGCAGCAACAGCAACAGCAGCAACAACAACAGCAGCAGCAGCAGUUGCACGGCGAUCCCGACGACGAGGACGUGGAGAAUGCCAGGCUAGAGCAGGUGCGUCGUAAGCAGAACGCCCAGCUGAGCCUCGUUGAAUCCUUCCUCACCACCACCGCCCAGCGGUUAAGUGCCCAGCAGCAGGUGCAACAAGUGGUGGCAGCGGCUGCAGCGGUUUCGGCCAUGGCCGGAGCUGGUGACGAUCCCGCCAAGCUCGGUCAUAUGAUGGGCCACAUGGGCGUGGGUGUGGGCGUGGGCAUGGAUGAGGAGGAAGACGACGACGAGGACGAUGACGAUGGUGGCGGCGGCGGAGGCGGUGGUGGAGGUGGCUCGGCUGUCCAACACCAUCCGCAUGUUCACGCCCACCAGGCGCAUCACUCACACGUCCAUGCGCACGCCCACCCGCACCACGCCCACUCGCAUUCGCACGCCCACCCGCACCAGCAUCCCGCCGCCCAGGGGGCGGGUCAGCAGGACUACCGCCAUGCGGUCGCCAUGAACGCUGCUCUCGGCCAGAAUCUGGUGGUUAGCAAGGGCAGCAAGAAGUGGAUCCAAGAAGUCCAGGAUUCUAACGAUGUCGGCGGUGAAGGAGCUGGCGGUGGCGGAGGUGGUGGUCCGGGCGACAGUGGUGGCGGUGUUGGUGCCUGCGGUCAGCUGGCCGGUGGUUCCGGUCCAGGCGGCGAUCUGGGCUUCGCUGUGCCACCCAGCGCCGUCGAUGAGCAUAGCAAACUGCUUGGUCAGAACCGUGACUUCCUUGCCCGCUUGAUGAGCAGCGCCAGUGCCAGCCACGCCCAUGCUCAUGCCCAUGCCCACGCUCAUGCCCACCAGCCGCACCAGCACAGCGUCCACAGUCGCGAAGAGGACGAGAACAGCUCCUUCCUGGACGUCGUCGAAUCGAACAACAAUGCUGCCGCCGCCGCCGCUGCUGCAGCUGCGGCCAUGUCGCACUAUGGAGGCGGUACAGGCGGCGGGGGCGGUGGCAGUGGUAGUGGAGGCGGCGGCAGUGGUGGACAAACGCCAACGGGUCCUGCGACAGGCGGCACAGUCGCCGGUGGUGACGAGCCCCAGAUGCAGAUGAACUCGCUCGCCCACUCACAGUCCUUCAUGAGCUCCUUCUACAACAAUGCCAAUGCUCGUGUGGGCGGAGUGGGCGGCGGUGUGGGCGUGGGUGGCGGCUCCUCGUCGGCCAGCAUGCUCGUGGAGGCGGCCCUCAACUCCGUUGGCAAUAUGAUUGACAGCGAGAGCAACGACCUCAAGGUUCCCACCGACAACCACAUAAACAGCGACAGUCCAAUGAGUGCUCACGUCGAUCCCGAAUCGCAGCGUUUCGGAGCGGGCAGCACUGGCGGCGCUGGAGGAGGCGGCGGCGGUGGAGGCGGAAGCAGUGGAGGAUCUUCUGGCGGAGCAAACGGAACUGGCAUCGGCGGGGCAAUGGACAACCUGGAGAACGAGCUGAAGAUGAUGAAGAAUUUGGGCAGUUUUCCAAUGCAGAUUCCACCACUGCCUAUGUUCCAGGGGGCAUGUAAUAUAUCGCCAAGCGCCUCAACUCCAACGAAUCCGCAGAGUAACCAGAACCAGAAUGACGUGGAUGUGGAUGCGGGCAGUACACCACGUCCACAGCAUCCGGAUUCGGAUGGCUUCUCCUCGUCGCAUCACCGAACACCGCCAUCGCCGCCACCGAUCUCGCCGGGUCGAGAUUACGGCGGAAUGUUUGGCGCUGGCAACGGAGGAGGAGGUCCUGGAUCUAAUAGCACACCGGCGGGCAGCUCUAGCGGUGGCGGCGGUGGAGGCGGUGGUGCCGGCGGAGGUGGGGCCAACAGUAUGUCUGCCUCAUCACCACUUCCUGCUCUCCAGCCGCAGAGGAGGAACGCGUCAAGCGUGGGCAGCACCUAUCCCGAGCAUGAACUCAUCUCGCCCGCCUCCUCGCCGAGCAUACCGCGCUACAACUUCAACGGGGACAUGAUGCGCCACAAGCGAGCGGUCCAGGAACAGGAACACCAGGAGCGCCAGCGGCAGAACAUCUCGCGACACAAUCAGAUGUCCAGCGAUGAGGAGAACAGCAUUAUGCCCCAGAACAGCGCUGGCCAGGACAUGCGCAUGAAGUUCCCGCAGUCGCAGAUUGAUCUGAUGUACUCCAAGUACGAGAGCAUGGCCAGCAAUUUGAAGUACAACAGCCAGGAUUUGGACUCGCCGGCGGAGUAUCGACAGGCAGGUGGCGGUAACGGUGGCAAUGCGGCGGCCAGUGCAGCAGCGGCGGCAGCAGCAGCAGCCAGUGCCGCCAAUGACCUAUCCGAUCUCCAAGGCCUUGACAUGAGCUCCAGAUCGAAUGCGGCGAGCAGUAAUUACCACCACAACUUCCAGUUGCCGAGCAGUCGGUACCAUCAUCACAUCUACGACAUCCUCUCCGAUCGCGAGCAGCAGAGUCAACAGGCUCAGCAGGCUGGUGGGUCGGUGGUGGGUGGUGGUGGUGCCGGUGCCGCCUCAGUGGUGCACCAGCAGGAGCACGGUCAUGGCCAGCACCAUGCGAUGCAGCAGCAUCAACAGUCGGCGGCUGCCAUGCAUAACAUGCUAAGCGAGCAGCUAGGCGAGCAGGAGCAUGACCAGACCACUUCGGUGGAUCUUAGCCGGACGGCCAACUAUGUGGUUUCGUCACCACCUCAACUGCCCUACAACCAUCCCACGCACCACGACAUGCUACGCAUGGCCUCGCUGGAUCUUACGCCCAACACGGCCAACAUGGCGGUGGGAAACAAUCGUUCCUUCCUCUCCUCGCAGAUGCAGCAUCAGAGUCGCGAGAGCUUGGAGCACCAUCGUCUGUUGUCGACGGUGGAGCAGCAUCGCAUCCUGGCCGCCUCAAAUGCCGCAGAUCAGCACCGCCUGCUAGUGGAUCCCACGGCUCAUCUGUUGAUGGAGCAAAACAACCGCCUGCUGGGCACAGCGGAUCAAUCCCGGCUCCUUGGUGAAUCAGCGGCUGCUGCAGCCCAAAAUCGUCAUAUGGCUAGAAGUUUCGGGGCCUAUCACCAGGUGGCGUCUAGCAAUUACCAUCCGGGCGUUAGGCCACCACCUGUCCUGCCAUCUGCCAAUCACCAUGCCUCCAAUCCGUCAAACUAUCAUCCCUUCCCCGCCUACUACUAAACGAUAGGGGGCGGAGUAUGUAAUUGGCCGGGAUAAAGUGCACUUUUUGGGGGUUUCCAAGUGAAGGACAUCAUCCUGAACCGCUUAGUUUAAUUUUAAAAUUUAGUACCUUUCGGUCACCAUUCAGU